GUGCCUUGCCAUCCAAAGAAGCCGCUCUUUUCAAGGAAUUGUUAAACCUGUAUGAAACGCGGCAACUUAAAAAGGCGCAGAAGACCGCUGACCAGAUCCUCAAGAAAUCCCCCGAGCAUGGAGAAACGCUAUGCAUGAAGGGGCUUGUCCUGACGCACAUGGGACGACGCGAAGAAGGCCUCGAGCUCGUCAAGAAAGGUGUCCGGCUCGACCUUACAUCGCAUAUCGUCUGGCAUGUAUUCGGCCUUGUUCAGAAGGGGGAAAAAAACUAUGAGGAGGCUCUCAAGUCCUAUACUCAGGCUCUGAAAUUCGACAAGGAGAACAUGAAUAUCCUUCGGGAUGCUGCACACUUACAGACCCAACUCAGACAGUACGAUGGUCUUGUUGAGACACGGCAUACCUUGCUCAGGCUGCGUCCAAAUCUUCGCUCGAACUGGCUGGGUCUCGCGGUCGCAUACCAUCUGAACGGCCAGUCGGGCGAGGCGAAGAAGGUCCUCGACCAUUAUGAGGUCUCGCUGAAGAAUAUUCCAGAUUACGACGUAGAGCAUUCCGAGGUCCUGCUCUACCACGUCCGCGUGCUCGAAGACCUGGGUGAGCUGAACGAGGCCCUCAAUCUUCUUGAUGUCAGCGCCAAGUCGCGUGCCAUCAUCGACCGAGUUGCGAUCAUGGAGUUCAGAGCACGUUUGCUCUCGAAGCUCAGCAUGAACGAUGAUGCAGAGCACACAUGGCAGGCGUUGAUUGAACAGAAUCCAGACCACUAUAGCUAUUACAAGGGCUUCUUGUCCAACCGUGGAGUAGAUCUCGACAGUAUCACGGACGAGACCCGUCCGAAGGCGCUAGAAGUCUUCAAGAGCUUUUCCACACAGCUUCCACGCGCUGCUGCCCCGCGUCGGUUAGCACUAGCUAUUGCAACGGGCGACGACUUCAAGGAACUGGCGGAGCCCUAUCUUACUUCCGGGCUGGAUAGAAACAUCCCUUCUCUAUUUGCAGACAUCAAGUCAUUAUAUCGUGACCCUCAAAAGCUCUCCACUGUCGCCUCGAUCGCUGAGGCCCACUAUGCACAUCUGAAGGCGCAGGAGCAGCCUUCACCGAACGAGUCAGAACCCCCAACAACGUACCUCUGGACGCUCUACUUCCUUGCCCAGCACUACUCGUACGUUGGCCAGCACGAACGCGCGCUCGAACUCCUCGACGAGGCGUUGUCGCACACGCCGACAUUACCGGACCUGCACAUGUUCAAGGGUCGUGUGCUGAAGCGGCUCGGCGAUCCGUAUGGUGCGGCGCGCUGCAUGGAUGAAGCGCGUGUGCUGGACCUCCAAGAUCGCUUCUUGAAUACCAAGUGUGGCAAGUACCGUCUGCGGGCAGGCAUGAACGAGGAAGCGCAAGACGUGCUCAGCUUGUUCACCAAAAAAGACGCCCCUAGCCCGGGCGCCGACCUUGAGGACAUGCAGUCCGUGCUCUUCCUCCUCGAGGAUGCGGACGCAUACCGACGAAAUGGCAACCUUGGCAUGGCGCUAAAGAGGUACACUUCCAUUCAAAAACUUUUCAGCGAGUUCGAGGACGAUCAGUUCGACUUCCACGGUUACUCGCUACGAAAGUUCACGAUCAAUAUCUACCUGAAUAUGAUCGACUGGGCAGAGAGUCUCCGGUCGCAUCCCGCGUACGUUAGGGCAGCAAUCGCGGCUUCACAGAUCUACAUCCGACUAUACGAUGAUCCAACCCUUGCUUCUCGGUCAAAUUCUUCCGCCAAGAUGUCCGAAGAGGAGAAGAAGGCGAAGAAGAAAGCAAAGAAAGCUGCAUCAAAGGUACAGGAAGACCCUAAGAAACCUGCCGCCAGUUCAAACGAUGAUAAGGGUCUGGACGCCGGGCCACCGAAAGACGAUGAUCCUGACGGCACGAAGCUGCUGAAAGCAGACGAUGUCCUUGAGCGUGCGGCAAAAUUUCUCAAUCCGCUUGUUGCGCUUGCGGCGGAAAAUAUCGACGUCUGGAUCGCUAUUUAUAACGUCGCCAUCCGAAGAAAGAAGUAUUUACAGGCUGUGCAAGCGCUCAACCGUGUCCGUGCAUUGGAUGAAGGCCACUCUGAGCUUCAUUUCUGCCUAGUACAUUUCAAGAAGACCGUUUCGUCCCUGCCUCAAGAACCUCCAGCACCCAUCGGGCCCACCGUUUCACAAUCUAUCUCUGGGCUGCUACCGGCUGAUGUGGCGUUGGAUACCUUCAACUCCCAGUACCUGCAAAAGUACCCAGGAUCGCCGCGUGCCUCAUUCGCCUUUGCUAGAGCGCUCAAGGCUCUCGACGCGCCAGUAGAAGAGAUCGAAAGUACCUUGUUUGGUCUCUUACACCCUGAGGCCAACCUCGACAUUAAGACUGCGCUGGAUGCUCUCGCAUACUUGGACAAUAUUUCAUCGUCAAGGACAGACGAGUUUAGGCAGGCGUGCGAUAGCAGGUUUGAACGUUCUACCAUCUUCAAGGCUCCAGAAGAGACCAUUGCCCUUCGCAAGCAAGCCAUCGCGCCACUCUCAGACGUGUCAGCCACUAUGAAUGGCAAUGAAGAUAAGACCGAAGUAGUCAGCUAAUCUAGCACCGUUAAUUCUUCACCGUAGGCACCGUAGGAUCUUCGCAUGCUCCAUGUAGAUCAAAGCGCACCGUGUAACAAAUGGAUACCAUUCGCAUAAUUGGCUGGCGCUAAAUGGGCGAUGCGGUGGCUGAAUCGGAGAGUGAACUUUAAGAUCCCUCAGGCCGUCGUUGUCGCCGUCAAACUCGUCGAAAUGGUCAACAUUCCCAAGACACGACGGACUUACUGCAAGGGCAAGACUUGCAAGAAGCACACUCCACACAAAGUCACUCAGUAUAAGAAGGGCAAGGACUCGCAGGUCGUGCAGGGAAAGCGUCGCUAUGUGCGCAAACAGUCCGGCUACGGUGGUCAGACUAAGCCCGUCUUUCACAAGAAGGCCAAGACAACGAAGAAGGUUGUCCUCCGGCUAGAAUGCACCGUAUGUAAGUACAAGAUGCAACUAGCUGUCAAGCGUUGCAAGCACUUCGAGCUUGGCGGUGAAAAGAAGACGAAGGGUGCAGCUCUCACGUUCUGAUUGUAUUUCUACCUGGUCCCUUCGUCUACGUCUUCAUCAUCUCGCACCCUCUAUAUGCUCAUGCUUGCACUAUGAGAUAUGCAAUACGAUCGUGCGACCCGCACACUUCCCGCACUUAUGUCAUCAUAUGCGGCGCCAUCUCAUGGAGUACGUCGCACUUUAUGGAUGUCACGCACCUGAACGUCUCGUUGAAAAGACCGUUCCGCGAUUCUAUUUCCAAGACCAGGAUCCGAAAUGCGAUCCAUUGUCAUAUAGUAUGGAGAUACACACUCGGGGGACUAAAGCUAUACUGACUCAUCA